AUGGUACAGCGGCAGCAGCCGCAGCCGGCGGCCGCCCCUCGAGCGCUUCGGCCGGGUGCGCCGCCUGAGCAGCAACCCGGCUGGGAGCAGCAGCGCAUGGCUGGGCCGGCGCAGCAGCAACCACAGGCGGAGGCCCAGCCCAUGCAGCGCCAGCGGGUGCAGCAGCAGGCAGCAGACCACCACCGCCAGCUGCUGCUGCUGCUGCAGCUGAGCUGCAACGGGGCGCCGCAGCCACAGGCCCCCUGGGCCCCCACCUUGCUCCUCGCAGCCCAUCAGGCUCUGGCGCAGGCUUCCAGGCGCAGGCGCCUGCUGGUCCAGGCACUGGCUGAGCUGGAGCAGCAGGCGGCUGCGCAGUGCGAGCUGGUGCAGGCGCUAAUGGCAGACACGGCCCAGCAGCAGCCGCAGCGGGUGGAGCGCCACAACGCCCCCGCUGGGCGCGCACCCGCCAGCAUCGACGACGGCGCGGCGCACAUGGCACGGUGCAGCAUCCCGCGCUGCCACCGCUGCGCGUAUGAGCGCCGCUUGGAGCAGCGGCGGUGGGAGCUGCUGCAGGUGCCGGCUGCGGGGAAGCAGGCGCAGGUGCAGGUGCAUCAGGUGCCCACCAGGCACGCCGCCGUGCCCUGGACGGCUGCCGGCGCGCAGUACUGGCAGGCAGCGAGCGCGGCGCUGCUAGCCGCGCAGCUCGACAGGCCGCAGCAUGGGGGCUUGGGGGUGGAGGUGGAGGUGCAUGUGGCCAGGCCUGCAGCCGCAGCCGCGGCGCCGGCUGUGCCUUUGCACCUGCCGCCGCAGCAGCCUUCCCAGCAGGCGGCGCCAAGUCCGGCGCACCAGUAUGCGGCGCAGCUGCAGCAGCAGCUCCGGCUGGGCUGGGGGUUGUAG